GUCACGUGACUUUUGGUUGGGAGCCACCAUUUUGGCAGUCAACAUGACCACCGGUGCCAGUGUUUUCUUACCGAGCGAGUAUACUUCUCAUUUUAAUUCAAGUGAAAUUCGGCUUUAUAGUACAAAAUUAGAGAGAUUAAAUAUAAGCGACCCAUAUAAUUCACCCGGUGUGCUUUUCAAGAGCAUAACCUCCUGCUCUGAAGACGAUGUACCCGACUUGCGCUACGCAGACAUCCACAGCUAUCUUGUAAGCUUUCCAUCAGUGUACUCAGGAGACUCCCUCAGAGCGUACAAAAGCUUGGAGGCUUACAAAUGGUGUCAGUCCGGCUUCGUAAACAACAUUCAACUGUGGAGUCUUACAUCCAAAAACUUCGGCAUCAUCACUGCAAGGGUUAAUCACUCCCAAAGGCUUAAUGAAAGUCAACUAAAGCCAUGGGUGGUGGUGAGGAACGACGGUGUUGUGCUGGGAGCCCACUGCAACUGCACAGCGGGACUCGGGGAGAGCUGCUCUCAUGUGUCAGCUGUUCUCUUCAGUCUGUGGGGAAAAAACAACGCAAGGCACGAGGAGAUCAGCUGCACAUCCAAAAAAUGCAAGUGGGCCUCUCCCAGUGAGGAUGCUGCGAAGAAUGUGGAGUACCUGCAGGGCAAGGACAUCAUAUUCAACCAUACUCAACAAAAUAAAAAGGGGAAUUCCACCAAGGGUACCUCUGCGCCCCCAUCUUUCCCACCCCUGACUGCUGCUGAGCAAACACAGUUCUACCAAAAUCUCUCACAGUGCCGGACUCAAGAUGGGAAGUCCUGCAGACCUGCAGUCCUGUCAGUUGUUCGCGGGUACGCCACAUCCUAUGUACCCAAGGCUGUCAAGCUAGAUUUACCUGAACCCCUUACCAGUCUGUAUGACAAGAAGGCAAGAGACCUGAACCUGGCUGAAUUACAAGAGCGUGCAGAAGGAAUAUUUGAGGACUUGACUGUCAGUGAGACAGUGAGAAAAGAAGUCACAAGAAACAAGUGAGAAGCGAAUCAAAAAGGUUUAUUUUCUGUUGACGCACAAAUUCAUCACUCAAAGGGCACCACAGAAUCAGGUACAUUUGUUAGUCCACAACAUACACUCACAAUUUUAUCAAGAUAAGUAACAUCAUUUUCUUUCUCUAUGUCUGUGAAAGUUAUUGGCACAGUGCUUUGUAAGAUAGUAUAUUUCUGACGAAGUACUCCUAUGACUCUUUCGAUGUGAAUCCUUAAAGAGGCUAGAGAUCUUGUAUUCUCUAUGUCAGCAGGAUCUAACUGUGUUUUUCCACGAGUAAAUGCUGGAAUUUUUAAUUCAGCCUGACACCUUUCAACAGACUCUUUCACCAGAAACCCCCUGUCUGCCAAAACAACAUCC